CAGAUCAUGAAUUACAACAGGUGACAGGAAAUCCCUCCAAAGUAAGGGGAAAUCCCUGGAUGUCAUCAGGGUCACCAGAACCAGUAUCCCUAUUAGAAAAAUUCCCCUUUAUUCCUGUUCUGUGACCAUUCAAAGUGUAUGAUUCUUUCACUCUACCAGGGGUGGACUAAAAACUCAUGGGGCCCCCCGGGCAAUAGGGGAUCAUGGGGCCCCUGUUUCCUUGCCCAAACUCAAAAAAGCCUAUGAAAAAGGUACCGGGGCAUCUCAUGUGGCCCCCUACUGACCGAGGGCCCUCGGGCAGUGCCCGAGUUUCCAAAUGGUCAGUCCACCCCUGGUUCAGACAUAUUUCAACAGAACAGAAUAAU